AUGAAAGAAUUGUCGAUGAUCUAUCCGAAUAUAGCAAGCACUCCUUCUGUAUCUACAAUACCGAUAAAUAUGACGAGACAUAAAGUGGCUGAUGAAGAAAUCGAUGAUGAUGAAUUAGGUUCAUUGUCAUCAGAUGGUGGUAGAUCAUCAUCUGCAGCUGGCCUUAAUAAUAGUAAUUUAUCGUCAAUGGAUUCGCAUGUGAAACGGCCUAUGAAUGCAUUUAUGGUUUGGUCAAGAGGUCAGCGUAGAAAGAUGGCUCAGGAUCAUCCAAAAAUGCAUAAUAGUGAGAUUAGUAAACGAUUAGGUUAUGAAUGGAAGCAACUCGGUGACGCUGAAAAACGGCCAUUCAUCGAUGAAGCUAAACGAUUGAGGGCUCUUCAUAUGAAAGAACAUCCGGAUUAUAAGUAUCGACCACGUAGAAAACCAAAAAAUGUAGUAAAAUCGAAGGAAAGAUAUCCUUUCACUUUACCAUUUACAACCUUUGCACCACCUAAUUUACUUGCGCUUCCAAAUCAACCCACUAUAUCUCAUGGAACAAGUUUCUAUCAACCUAUGCAUCCACUUGAUAUGGCUGCUAAAAUAGCAGCUGAUAGUGCAGCACUAACGAAAGCAACUGAAUUUUCAUAUUAUCCGCCAUUUUUUCAUCCAUCUGCACCAAAUGCUGCACCACCAAACCUCAUUCAUACCUAUAAUCCGUAUGAUAUUCAACGAAAUGUCUUAGCUGCUUAUGCUAUGAAAACGAAUGCAAUGGCCCAUGCAGCAGUUGCAGCUGCAGUUGUACAACCGUCACAUAUACCACCUUCAACCACUCCGUUAUAA